AAAAGUUUAACUCCCUUUUUUAUUUCUUCUCAUUUUCUGGAUCCCCGCAGCAACUCACCCCACGGUCCACACCAAUAGCAAAUUAGCAAUUGAUCAAAGACCUGACGAACAGCAGAAGCACUAGCCAUGGCUGCAGCUAUGCUCAAACGGACGACGAUGUUGAAUUCAAUGGUCAACAGAUUGAGAUCAUAUGCUUCGGUUGCAGUGGGUACGGACCUGGUAUCCGGCGCCCCCAAUGUCUCUCUCCAGAAAGCUCGCACUUGGGACGAAGGCGUCUCCUCCAAGUUCUCCACUACCCUUCUCAAAGACAUCUUCAAGGACAAAAAAGUUGUUAUCUUCGGACUUCCGGGUGCUUUCACUGGAGUUUGUACAGCCCAACACGUGCCUAGCUAUAAGAGUAACAUUGACAAGUUUAAGGCCAAAGGAGUUGACACAGUGAUCUGUGUAGCUGUCAACGAUCCAUAUGUAAUGAAUGGAUGGGCAGAGAAGCUUCAAGCAAAAGAUGCCAUUGAAUUCUAUGGUGAUUUUGAUGGGAGUUUCCACAAGAGCUUGGACUUAUCAAUUGACCUCUCUGGUGCUUUGCUUGGAACACGCUCCCACAGGUGGUCAGCGUACAUAGUCGAUGGACAGGUCAAGGUUCUCAAUGUCGAAAAAGUUCCAUCUGAGUUCAAAGUUUCUGGUGGGGAUGUCAUCUUGGGACAGAUCUAGAGUGGGAUUCUCUUUUGCAGUCUGAACUAAUAAGUAAUAAUGAGCAUUUCUAGCCCAGCCUUUUGUUUGGAGGCGUGCAAAUACCUUGGUUUCUUGGAUCCAAAUUGCUGAGAAGACUCUUGGGCUGUGUAAAGGCUGAAGUUGUUUGUAUGUUCUCUCAAAAAGGGUUACACACAAUCACACUUAUAUGCAGCGAAACAUACCAAUUUUAAUCCAACCAUCUUUAUGUUCUCAGAUGAUGAUAUCAGGAAUGUUUCUAAGUCUUCACAUUUAGAUUGAUUUUUCAGUUUUUUUUGUGUGUUGCUGUUUGGUAAAUGAUUUUGAGAAAUAAUUAUUUCAAGCAUGUAACAUUGUAAUCUAAUGAUUUGGGUUAUGGUUCGGCCGCUGUUGGUGUAAUCUCAGUUCAUCAGAGAAAGAGAAUGGCAAUUCCAAUUUCUCUGGGCUUAUUCAUGUUUGUUUUGAAGGGCAAUGGAUAGGAUAUAAAGCCCGCACUAUAUUGGUAUAGGUAAGGACUUGCAAGUUGCAACUACUCCAAGAGUCCGUAUUCAUCUAUACCAUCCUAAUUUGAAAUUAUAUUUUAGUUGUACGGAGUAUUAUUUACCGCCCUCUUUUAGCUUUGUUUUUUGGUU